UUGAGUAGUUGUAUCCGAGUUCCAGUCCCGGGAUCCUCUAUCCAAAAUGGAGUCGAUAGGUAAAGCGGGACAUAGUAUGAGUCUUGCAGCCUUAAAACAACAUGAUCCCUAUAUAAAUAGUAUUGUUGACGUUACCGGACAGGUAGCACUUUACACGUUCAACUCUAAGGCUAAUGAGUGGGAGAAGACCGAUGUAGAGGGUACGUUAUUUAUGUACACAAGGUCUGCUUCUCCUCAGUAUGGCUUUACGAUCAUGAAUCGAUUGAAUAUGCAUAACCUUGUUGAGCCAAUAAAUAAAGAUCUGGAAUUUCAACUUCAGGAGCCUUUUCUUCUGUACAGAAAUUCAAACUUGUCGAUCUUCAGCAUUUGGUUUUAUGAUAAGAGAGAUUGUCAUCGAAUAGCAGAACUCAUGGCCAAGGUUGUUGAUUUAGAGGUGCAGAAAACUAAGGAGUCACUUGGCAGAAAUACUCCCAGCAAGACCAAUGGCUGCAGUGAAGAGAGACCAAUAGAUAUUCUGGAAAUGCUUAGCAAAGCCAAAGAAGAAUAUGAGCGGCAGGUAAAUUCGGGACCUAAGCACUUGACCGUGGAAGAGCUGUUUGGAGCCUCCUUGAAUAAGAAUCAUAGGAGUCCAGUGGCAUAUUCUAAACUGGAAGUCACAGAAAAAGUACACCAAGACUGUUUUAGAGACCAUAGCAAUCAAGUCACACCUUUCACAUAUGAGCAAUCUUCGGCUGUUCAUGAGUCAGUAGGAAAAUGUGAUAGUCCAAGAAACAUUCCUAGCAGUAGUUUGGACCAGCAUGAAAGUUUAACACAGAUAUUAAUUCCUCAAGCAUCAGUUGCGCAGUCUGAUUUGAAAACUUCUCCGAACUACAUGUGUUCAAGCCCCACUUUUAGUGCUGCAUCAUCCUGUGAACUUCAUCAUACACCAGUGUUUGCCAGUACAAGCACUGCUACUAAUGCUGGCAUGAUUACAGUGCAGCAAGUGACUAAGCGGAUGUCUCCUCUUACAAGUCAGCCUGCUGAAGUGCAGACUUGUUGUGCACCGAUUCCAGUCAGUGGAAGUAGCCAAUUCUUCACACCCCUUACUGUUAGUAGCACAAGAAUUCACUCUGUUACAAGCCUUCCUGACCAGGAUUUUCUUCAAAAAAUAAAAUUAACACAGCAACAGGGGCAACUGCAACAAAAUCCAUUCAACAAAUUGUCAAUAGCACCUACCUUCCCAUCAACUGUCAACCACCUUAUUACACCAGAAAGCUUCAGAGAAUCAUACCCUAAACCUGUGACUUUGAAUAGUAUCCCAUCUGCAGUAACUCAGAGUCUACAGUUAAAUAAGGAAGUAGAAGUCCUCCCUAACUGUAAGAGUAUAAGAAAAAAAUUGCCACUCUUAACAUCUCAAGCUGCUCCACGUACACCCUGUACAACUUCAGUACUCCUUUCUCCUAGUGUAUUCCAGCAGUGUAGUGUGAAAACAGAAUCAGAAGGCAAAGCCAGCUGCAUUUCCCCUCUCUCUUUGGUUACACCAGAGCCCCAUAGCACUCUACAGUCCAUGGUUCUCAGUAAGCACCAGCUUCAGGAAACACUUUUGCAUCUAAUAAAGAAUGAUUCAGAUUUUCUCAGCACUAUCCAUGAGGCAUAUCUCAGAGUUCUUACCAAGAAUGUCCAGAACAUCCAGCUAUAACCGACACUUACAAAUUUGAAUUUGACUUAACAUUUCAUCUUGAGAAGAGAGAUGUCUUCAGAAUGUUAUCAGAUGAACUAGCCUGUGUUGGAGUAUUAUUAAAACUUUCCAAGUGAUUUAUGAAGAACACUAUUUAAUAUAAAUACAAAUGUUCUCAUAAUGUACAUGAUGAAAAACACCAGUACAAGAUUUUAUUUCAUACAAAUAGGCACUUGUUUUGCACGUGUUCAUAUCAAGAUUCUAUGUUUUUUCUUUGCUCUCUGAUUUUUACCAGCUUAAACCAGAAGAGUGACGUAUGUCAGAAGUUGAUUACUUCACAUAUUUGUAUGAGAACUUAAAUAUGCUUGGUUUCAUCUUGUAUUGAUGUGCAAUCUGAAGAAACCAUUAGUGGGACAUAUUUUCAUUACUGUUAUUAUCGUUAACAGAAUGGCAUGCAGUACAGAAUUACUGCAUUUAAGCUUUAAACAACCGUCACCUUGAUAGUGGCUGUUUUAAGAAUAAAUGGGUUGUUACUGUAUAAAUGAUAUCGAAGAAUGAGUUCUGAAACUGAACAGAAGUGAGUGAUACAUAAAUUGUCAAACUUCAUUGGUUAAUAUAGUAAUUGGCUUGUAGCGUACCAUUUGUGAAUUUUGUUAGGGGCAGAAUUUUAAAAAAAGGCCACAGUGUUAAUAUCGUAAGUUAAAUAUAUACACUUGAAUUUGAUUGUCCUUUUGUUUCUUCUAAGGCAGUAAUAUUUUAUUGAAUAAUUAUGUUAAGCUGACAACUGACUUUUAGGUCUACCCCUUUAUGAUGAAAUAUAUUUUUAGUUUUUUUACCAGCAAUACAGCCCGUUUUUCUGUUUGUAGUAUUUUAAGAUUAGUAAAGUUGCACUGGUUUACCUUUUA